ACCUCAUGUAAGUUGCACAGCGUUCCAACGGCCUCGGCCUCGGCCGUCGCGUUGCUCUAGCGGCAAGGGCCCCGGGUCGGAAAUGUGGGUACGGAGGCCCACAUUCGCUUUUCGGUCGCGGCUUCUUGGCGCGGGGAGUGAUCGAUUGGUUGGGUAAAGCACUACUCGGGCAGGCUCGGGGUAAUAGCGUCCAACUAAUUAUGUGCCUUCCAUUCACCCACGGUCUUUAAAGGAGAUAAUCAAAUUUUCCGGGUGGAAGACGGCGGUGCAAAUGCGGAGAUAGUCUUAAAUACGACUGGAUUUACGAGUUGCGUCACUUACGAACAGUACAUUAUCGCGAAAGGGCGAGGUAACCAGAUGGUUGCAGAUGGUUGAUGGAACCCCUCCUUUACGCUAAGCUGAAAAUAGGAUGACUAACAUAUGACAUCGACGAUGGGCAAUCUUCUUAAUAGCUUAUGAACUCCGGCGAUGCACUCAAGUUGAAAGUUCGAUCGUGAAAAGACUAAGAAGAUUAUUAGUAGAUAUUCACUUGUCAACACCACUAUCAGCAAUAUGUCUACAACUCCAAGCUCGAUUCUUCUCUCUGGAGGAACCAUCAUAGCCUUCAACGAGAAGACUGAAUCUCUCGAAGUGAUUCGAGAUGGCGCGCUCUUAGUUACCGGCAAUCAGAUCGCAGGGAUCUAUGACACCGCACAUCCUAGCAACUUACCGGCGGGCACUGAGGUCGUUGACUGCAACCACAAGAUUAUCUCCCCUGGUUUUGUCGAUACCCAUCGACAUGGCUGGCAGACGGCUAUAAAGACCCUAACCGCUAACACAACGAUGCCUGACUACAUGUCCCGAUAUGCAGGGGGCAAUGCUGCAAGCUAUUAUACUGCCGAAGAUGUGUAUAUCGGGCAACUUGCAGGUCUUCUAGAGGCUCUCAAUGCCGGCGUCACGACUUCGCUUGACCAUGCUCACCACAUCUGGUCUAAGGAAACAUCAGAGGCUGGCCUCAAGGCGUCUCAUGAAAGCGGCGCGAGAGUUUACUGGAACUGUGCCUUUGGUGGCACACCCACAUAUUCGUGCUCGGACCAGAUUGCCGACUUCAAAGAAUUCGCGAAGUCGAUAUCCACAUCAAACAGUCUAACAACCCUUGGUGUCGCCUAUGAUGGAUGGUCCGUUUUCCCGCCCGAAGAUACUAAGGCGGUGAUUGCUUUGACUAAGGAGUUGAAUAUUCCGGUUCUGACCACGCAUUACUUGGGCGGUGCAUUCAUGGCCAACAACUCGCCCGAACUUCUUCAAACGUACGGGCUCCUUGAUACGGAUAUGGCCGUAGUCUUUUCGCACGCCUCGAACGUAACACCGAUGGGAUCAAUCUUACUUCGCUCAAGCAACCAGUUUAUAUCGGUCACGCCCGAGUCAGAGAUGCACUACGGGCUCUCGCAUCCGAACGGGCACCAGAUCCAGGACCAGGCCUCUCUCGGCGUCGACACCUUCCACACCUUCUCGACGGAUCUGCUAACGCAGGCGCGCAUCUGGCUCCAGCGCACGCGAAGCAGGCUCUACGACCAGGUCCUCGAGCGGUGGGAGGUGCCCAAGAACAACCCCAUGUCCGUCAACCAGGUCUUCCUGAUGGCGACCCGCCAGGGCGGGCUGGCCCUCAGGCGGCCGGACCUCGGCGUGAUCCGUGUUGGCGCGAAGGCGGACCUGGUCGUGUUCGACGGCCGGAGUCCGGGGAUGCUGGGGUGGCGCGACCCGGUCGCCGCGGUCAUCCUGCACGCGAACGUCGGGGAUAUCGAGCACGUGCUCGUGGACGGCAAGUUCAGGAAGCGGGACGGGAAGCUGACUUUCGAGAAUUACGGCGCGGUGGUGGACCGCUUCUUGGCGAGCGUCGAGAGGGUCCAGAAGGCCGAUAUCGAACGCCCGCCCCCUGUGAUAGAGGGGAGGUUCUGGGGUGGUUGCCCGUACGGCCAUGCUCUGGAGGUUAACGCGUGCCGAGGACUUGGUACUGGUUAUGGCACGCAGUUUCUGCACUAGAACUAGGUUAGGUAAGUAGUAUGUAUCAUGGCUACUCGGAUGCGUUCUGGCCAAAAUUCAAAUAUAUGAAGUUAUCUAA